AUGCGUUUCAGUACCGUAGCAUUCGCGGUCUGCGCAGCCACCGUCAGCAGUGCGCCUACGCCUGAAAGUAACCUCGCGCAAAUCCUGGACCUGUUGCCACGACAAGAAAACGUAACAUGUCCUACGACGCCAAAUCCCAUGCCCAAAGCGGCCGACUUGCCCGCUGUGAAGACGAUGCCUGAUCCCUUCCUCUACCUCGACGGCAAGACGAAGGUCAAAAGCAAGGAUGAGUGGUACCAAUGCAGACAACCAGAGAUCAUGAAGCUCCUCCAAGAGUACCAGUACGGUUACUACCCCGAUCAUUCGCAAGAGACCGUCACGGCGACCCGCAGCGGAACGAAGCUAGAUGUUACGAUCGCUGCAGGAGGGAAGUCGGCGACUAUCUCGGCGACGUUGAAUCUGCCAAGUGGGAGCGGGCCGUUCCCAGUCGUGAUUGCCAUCGGUGGCAUUGAUAACAAUAGCUACCUCAAAGCAGGUAUUGCGGUGGUCACUUUUGACUACGGCAAGGUCGCCGCAGACAGCAACAGCAAGACUGGCAGCUUCUGGACGCUGUACAACGGGAAAGAUAUCGGUGUCCUAACAGCAUGGGCGUGGGGAUUCCACCGCGUCCUCGAUGGCAUCGAACUCAAAGUCCCAGAGAUCGACGCGAAGAAGUCUGGCGUUACGGGAUGCUCACGUCUGGGCAAAGCUGCGCUUGCUGCCGGCUUGUUCGAUAAGCGCAUAGCUGUCACGAUGCCAAUGUGCUCUGGCGUGCAGGGUGCCGGACCGUAUAGAUACAGCUUGAGCGGCCAGGGCGAGAACUUGGAGAACUCCAAAUCUGGCGCAGGCUGGUGGACAUCCUCCGGCAUAUCUCAAUUCGUCAACCACGCCACCCAGCUCCCCUACGACGCGCACACUAUCGUUGCGGCCAUCGCCCCUCGUGCCGUUAUCCUCGAGCAAGGCGCGUCAGACCAGUUCACAGACUCCAAGGGUACCGCCACCGUCACGUUCCCUGCCGCGAAAGCAGUUUACAGCUGGUUAGGCGUUGGAGACCAGCUGGGCAUGAGUAUUCCAAAGGGAGGUCAUUGCGAUAUGGGCGGGUACGCGGAUGUGCUACCUUUCGUACAAAAGGUGCUCCAGGGAAAGACAACGAGCAGGAACUAUGAUGACCUAGGCAGCUGGAAGGCUAUGCCGGAGGCUUACCCUUGGGCGACGAGCUUGCCGGCAGGUAGGUAG